UCCUUCCGUCCGCUUAUCACCCAUCUGUGGAGCCGGAUCGAGGAUAUCAGAAGUACCGAGAUUCACAUUGCUGCCAUUUUCUUGAGGGGGUAAGAUAUUCCAUCCGCAUUCUGUCACCGGGUGGAAUGCUGGUCGUCGUAUCCAAUCACUGACCUCUGAUCAGGCUUUCGUCUUGAGCUGCAUGCUCUUGACAGCUCUAGGACGCCGAUUCUCCAAUCAUGCCCGCCAUCAAGCGAGUCGGGAACUUCCCCGACAUUCCUGAGAGAUCCAUCCUCGACGAACAUGACGUUAUCAAUGAGAGUCAGCCCGUCGCCGCUUCAGCUUCGGAACAUCUCCACACAUUCGCCGCCCGCGACGGCUCGGGGAAGGACUAUGUGCCAGGCCAGGGCACCGUCGACCCCAAUCACAUCAAUAUGCAGGGACUGUUCGCUCUCUUUGCCAUUUUGGGAGCUGCGUUCGUCGUUGCGGCAAUCUGGUUCUUUUUCUGGGCCAAGAAUGGCGGAUUUCAAUGGCAGAAGGGCGACUGGGAGGAAUACAAAUCCACCGUUCUACGACGCAAAGGACCCGACGGACAAACCCUCAGUAACGCAACCAAGAGUACGAAGCUAGGGGGCGGCAGUAUCGUUGGCAAAGGCUACAGUGAUGACGGAUACACGGCUACCGAAAGCGGGAUGGGAUACACCGACACGGCGACUACGAUCACCGAGAAGGACCAGCCCAAGAAGAAGCGAAGGUUCCGCGAGACCGCCAAACAGAAACUGCUGCGCCGGCACAAGGAUGAGAACUGGGAGGGCGAGGCGGACGAGGACGUGCUGGCAUACCGCAAGGAGAAGCCCGCGCGAGUGGGCGGCAUCAACCGCGACGCCGACGGCACCUACCACGGUAGUGACUACGAUCUGUCCAACCCUCCCAGCCACUACCAGCAGAGCGAGAUGAGUCAAGUGCGCGAUUACGCAUACCAGCCGAGCCGCCAGAAAUCCAGCCGUCGGGACUUUUCGUUCACUCCGGGCACCGAAGAAUCGCUCUCCCAGCCGCCCACGGAAGACCGUCGACUCCGCGACCCGUCCACGCGCCGGCACAACCGUCGUCGGGACCGUCGGCACCAGCCUCCUCCGACCACGUCGUCGCGCCAGAGCAGUCCGCGCAAACGCGAGAGACGAUCCAUGCCGGGCCAUUACACCGAACCGCUGGACUUCUCGUCGGCGCCUUCCCGCUCGGACUACCAAUACUCCAACGUGGAGACGGAGGACUCGGGCACGAAGAGCUACCACCACCCAAUUCCCGGACUGAGCAAGGGCUAUCGUCGAGACGGCGGACGCGGUCGUCGUCGAGACAGUCUCAGUGACAGCGACGGCGACGAGACUCGCUACUCAUAGACCGGCAUUGGGAGUAGAGCGACACGCUUAUGACGAACACCAUCAUACCAAAGACCAAGAAUGUAAAUAAUACACGGACACUACGAACGGAUCGGAUGGGACAGGAUUGAACAUGAAAUUGCCCAACGGAGUACGCUUAUGGAUACUGAAUUACGACCCCGGGAUGGAUCAUGGGACGCGAUGAAUGGCC